GUGUGGCAGGUUCCCAGGCAAGAGUGACGAGCAGAAGCAGCUGAAGGAUAAUUACUUCUCUAACAACAUUGAUCCCUUCAUGACGCGCCUUGAAAAGCGGCUGAGCGAGAAACAAUGGUUUGUCUCUGAUAAGAUCACCUGGGCUGACUUGGUCCUCUGCUUAUUUUAUGGAGCGAUACGGAGAGAGGAGGCCGAGAGAGCAGGGAAGUUCCCGGCCCUGCUGGCUCAUGUCAACAAGGUGAACGAACUUCCCCAGAUCAAGGAGUGGUUAUCAUCGCACCCUGUAACAUCCGCCACCACUCACUGAGCGCUUCCCACACCACUGUGUCUGCCCCUCUUCCCUCCAUCAUGGCUCCUCAGUUUGUAUUUAUCUAAUAGAUAACGAGGUCGUCACUAAAAAUAAUAGUUUGCUUAAGCACGACCUCGUAGCACUUCUUAGUGCCCAAACUGUUUAGUUAAUAAUUAGGUAAGCCAAUCCGACUGAAGAGGAUGUACAGAUCAAGACAGUCAACCUGCAAGACCUAUGUGAAUCAAGGCCCGUUACUCUGAAGUCAAUAAAAAGUAAUACUUUAUAUAAUAUCAAAUAUGAUGAGAUGUAGUUGCGAGUCAAUAAACAAUUUCAGAACAAAAA